AUGUCACAGCAACAACAACAACAACCACCGCAAGCAAGCCUCAGCUUAAAGAACGCAGAUAUCAAGCAGAUGAUCCAUCGACUCAAAACGCGAUUAGCAUUAGCCAAUUUCAAGCGACAAUAUGGAUUCGAGAGAUACGAUCUGCAUACAUUAGAGUCCAAUCUACUCAGAAAUCAAAUAAAAAAGAACAUGUACAAUGGAAAACGAAAGCAUGAUCAGCAUGAGAAACAUCGAUAUUAUCCUACAAAUACCAACAAUGGUCAUCAUCAUGGUACCAGAGUCAUGUCAUCAUCGUCUUCAUCACCAUCACAACAAGCACUGGCACCCAGAUACCCUGUGUCAGAGAAGCGCAGUACAUCGCCACAGCAGGCACACAAGACAAUUGUUCCUACUGACGAAGAUGCAGCGAAUGUCUUGGUGAUGCUUCACAACAUGGCUUCGGGUAAACCAGCAUCAUCUCCAUUGUGUAUCUAA